CAAAAAUUUACACGUGUGGAACUUAGGUGAACUUUUAUUAAGGCCAGUCAACAUGGAGGGUGGUGAUCAUCAUGAAGAGUUACCAGAAGCGAUUGUUCCACCAGAAAUAACUGAAAAACAAACUUCCGAUGUUGAAGAAAAGAAAGACGAAUCAACAGAAGCACUGACCGAUUCAAUUUUAGAUGACGAUCUUGUAGUUAUUCCGAGUCAGACAGAGAUUCAACAGGAGGAGUCUGCAGUAGCCACCGAUGAACAGCCGGACUCCGUUCCAUCGGAACCCUCGCCUCCCUCGGAGCCUGAGCCUCAGGCGGCAGUGCCUGCAAGCGAACUGUUGGAACCAACACCGCAAACCCAACCUGCACCUGCGCCAGCCCAACCCGCGACAGCCCAACCCGCGACAGCCCAACCCGCACCAGCCCAACCCGCACCAGCCCAAUCCACACUUACACCUGUUCCUCCACCACAGCCAAAUCCAGAGCCAAGUACCACUACCAAAACUCGUCCAGCUUCAGCGACAGUGAGAUCAUCAAAACUACCGACAAAGGCACCGCUAGUUGAUGAUGAUGAUGACGAUGACUUUGAGGAUGAGACGUUGACAGAAAGACUGAUGGGUCUGACAGAGAUGUUCCCAUCAACAUUAUGCACAGUGGCAGGUGUCACAUUUAAUUUAUCAGUCAGCAGUAUGAAGAAGCUCUUUAAUUUCAGCAGGAGUGCCCUGUGGAUUGGUAGCACAUCAUUCAUGCUUCUCAUCCUCCCUAUUGUCUUUGAGACAGAGAUGGUGCACAUGGAACAAGCUCAGAUUCAGAGACAGAAACAGAUAUUACUUGGUCCUAAUGCUGCCACAGCAGGUGGAAUGACUGGAGGUAUGACGCCCCCUAUGCCAGGGAUCUCUGUCGCUGCUCCUCCCUCUGAAAGCAGAUAGUCUCUGCUAUACCAUGACAAGCUUUAGAGUAGUAUUUACCCCAAGUAUUAAGUAUUGCUUCUAUAUCAGUAUGCUUUCUCCAAUGUCCAUGCAAACCAUCCAUUAAUUUUCAUCGUCAUUGCUUUGAGAUUGAUAAAAUAAUGAAUUAGGGUAACAUUUUCUAUUAUAUAUUUAGCCUUUGUUUGAACCAAGUCAAAACAUCUUAGUGUGACACUCAAAAGGUGAAUAAUAAACCUUUUUCUUUCUGGGGGGUGGGGAGGGGGGGUAGGGGCAUUAUGUGAAUUAUGCCUUUAUAAUACCUUUAUUAGGGGGGGGUGUUUUGUCAGAGUUGUGCUUGUGUAAUGGGUCAAUGUUUCAAGAAAACCACUCAGAAAUAUGUGAAUGAUAAAUGAAUUACUAUUCAAUUUGGCUUUUAAAGAUCAAUAGAGCUGUAAAAUCUAUUCCUACUAAUCACUUUCUGAGUUUUCAUCCAUGAUUGGACUUUGGACACUUACAUGUAUCGUUAUUUAGUGUAUUCUAAUAAAAAUACCACCUCCCUCCGAAGUUGUGUAUGCAUGAGAGUUGCAAGAUGAAAUAUAUCAAAUAUCAACCUGUGUAAACUUUAAACUGCUAUUUAUAUAUUUUUGAAUUAUCCACUUUCUUACACAAAUUACAUGUAUCAGGGGUGUGAGAGUUCAGAUUUUUAUCUGAUUUCCGAUUUUUUUUCGUUUUGAUUUUCAGCUGAAUUUCAGAUUAUUUUUGGCUUUCCUCUGUGCAAAAAGUAUGAGAGGUCUUUCUUUUUCAGACAUUUUCAACACUCUUCAGCUUUUUUCAGAUUUUUUUGAGUGACCACUCACACCCCUGAAGUAUGUUUCUGGCCAUCUUUAGCAGUUUCUUCUAGUCUUUUUGAUAAGCUGUGUAGAGAGCAGGAUAUGAAGGCAGUUAACAGGUGAAGUUGUCACAGAUUUAACAUUCUAUCUGAGGGUAGUUAGGUAUACAAUUCUUUAUUUUCUAUUGUAAUUGAGGUGCCUCUUCAGGGUUACUGAUUUACAUGUAGCUACUAAAUAUUGGCUCAUUUUUCUGGACUCAAUUUGUAAAGAUCACUCGGAGGUGAUUUAUACUAGAGCCUAGCAUUUAUUUACAACGGGCAAUUGGCUUCUGACAGUACUUGUAUGAUAUCCUUCAUGUAACAUAGAGUAGGGCUGUCUUGGGUAAUUAUUGUUCAUACAUAUCUACAUUUAAAAUCGUAAAUUCCAUUGCACCAUUUUCUACCUAACAUCCAUGCUAAUAGGAACCAAAAUAAUGGAAAUAAAUGUGCAAACUUCAUGAAAUUUAAUCCUGCAGCAAUAAUAUGAAUCAUUGUUUUGGUAUGUAUUGCGAUCUUUAAUUUCCUAACUCAAUUUAAGAGUGGAUUUAAGAAAAAAGAUAACAUGUCUAAAAAGUGGAAACAAUACUGUAUUGAAAGGUACUCUAAAAUGACAUGCUAUGUAUCUUAUAUUGAAUAGUCAUUCUAUGUGAAAAGUAUGGUUGUAGCAUGACAUGUUAAUAAAUGUGUGCACUCUACUGUGUACAUUUGAUUUUAUGCAAA